CAGAUUCCAAUCUGCGUUCAGCGCCUCCCUACUUCAGGAGUCGCGUGGAUCCCCCUCGUCCCUCCGCUUCAGGCGGCGGGCGGAGGCCCAGUCCACCUCCAGCGCCUCCCUGCUUCCUGGUUCUGCCUACUCCUUCCGACCGAGGGGUGGCUUCCUUCGCCCUGCUUUCGGCCGUCGCUUGGCCGCUGGACUUCGAAGCCGUGGCCAGGCACGCCCCACGGAGCUCGCUGCAGGCAGCGGGGCGGCGCGCGUGCGCGCGCACAUGCGCGCGCAUACGCGGGCGGGAGGCAACACGGCCCCGCAAGCGCCGGCGCGGUACAGCUUCCUGACGGCCGUUGACACGGAGGUGCAGUGCUACGACGGGGCCAUCACCCAGAAGCCUCCGGACGGCACCUGGUGCUCCACCGCCUCCUGGGAGAUCCCGCCCGUCGCCUUCGUGGGCGCCGUCACGCUGGUGGCGGGCGCGGCGGGCCUGGCCGCCGACCUGCGGCAGCGGCGCUUCGAGCACCGCUGCGUCCGGGGCCUGUCGCUGAACACCGACGGGCUCGGGGGCCGAGGCGAGCUGGCACAGGAGGCCAAAGAGAAGGCGGAGUGACGCCGCGCACGCCGCCGGCCGCCGGCCCCGGCACGACGCCGCGCCCCGCCGGCUCUCCGCGGCAGGGGCG